GCCCCCGGGCGGAGCUUGCGGGAGGCCCCGCAGCGCCUUCGCCAGCUGUUGCUUCCCCGCCUCCCGCCGAGCCGUGAUUUCUGCUGUGUCAGGUCCAGUCCUGCUGCCCGGCCCGGCGGUGCGGGGCCCGCCGUGGCGGUGCCCCAGCUCCUUCCCUAGCCCUGCCGUUGUGGCAUAUUGUGGCUUCACGCACCGCUCUAGGGCAGUGGAAUUUGUUGCUCCCGUGUUUCGCUUUUCCCGUCGUUAUACCCUUGCAUAAGCCUGCAUUCAGGUCUUACUGCUGGAACUUACUCAGCUGUUUGUGCACAGUGUCCUUGUUCUUUUGGCUUACCAAUAGCGCGUGUUUUGUAAAUGAAUGGUAUUUGAAAACUAUAGAAACUCACAUUGUGUAUGUUGCCUUUCUGUCUGGAAAAAAUGAGGAUAGGGAAGGGGGGACAUUAGAUGGGCUUUUUAACUUUCGUCUUGUGUUUCUAUGUACCUGUGUAUGUUGUUCUUGAGUUCUUACUAUUGCCUUAAGUGCUCGUGGCUUGAAGUUUUUCAGAUGCCUCAUGAAAAAAACCCUACACUAAACGUGUGGCUGGUGUUUUUCCCUGAGGAAUUAUUGGACCGUGGGAUUCACUUGGCUUCAAAGAAAAGUUCACUUCCAAACUCCCAAACAAAGGGAUGUGAACAGGAAAGUAAAGUGCAGUUAAAUCCCUUUGUUGACACAACUCUCCUUAUACUUGGAGAACCGUAUUUUUUGCUGGAUAGUAAACACUGGAAAUCAAGAUCAUCUCAGCCCACAACAUGCUGAUGGUGUACAGGAUGGAGUGGUGUGUGCAGGCUUUAAGACAGCUCUUUAAAGCCCAUGAAUCAUGAUGGCAGGUGAGGAUGAACAAUCUACUGAGAUGGCUGCAAGGUGGGAAGAUGAGAAGGUGACUGAAGCUGCCUCAGAUGGUUUUGUUGCUAUUAAAAUUGACACCAAAAGUGAAGCAUGCCUGCAGUUUUCUCAAAUUUAUCCUGUAGUGUGUGUUCCAUCCAGUUUUUUUAUAGGAGACAAUGGAAUCCCUUUGGAAGUAAUUGCUGGCAGCAUUUCUGUUGAAGAGCUCGUUACAAGAAUCCAUAAAGUUAAACAGAUGCACACAGUAAAAGGGCAGCUUUUGGAAAAUGGAAGUCAGUCGUCUGCUCCCUGUCCCUCCUCUCAAUCUGAUGGUGCUCCAGAAAACACACAAUCCAGAGCAGCAGAGCCUUGUGACUCCCCUGAGUCUGCUACAUCUGAGACAAUGAGACCUCCUGCUAGUAAUGAUGGAGCAAAUUCAGAUCAAGCAAGCCAGGAAGCAAGUAAUUCUUCAGAUGAGCAAGUGAGUGAUGCUCAGCCUGUGAAUGAUCUUGCGCUCAAAGUGGAAAGAAUAACAAAAAAGCUUGAAGAAAGACGAGAAGAGAAAAGGAAAGAAGAAGAACAGAAAGAAAUUAAGAAAGAAAUUGAACGGAGAAAAACUGGGAAAGAAAUGUUGGAGUACAAAAGGCGGCAGGAAGAAGAAUUGACAAAACGUAUGUUAGAGGAAAGGAACAGAGAAAAGGCAGAAGACAAGGCUGCGAGAGAGCGUAUAAGACAACAGAUUGCAAUGGAUCGUGCUGAGAGAGCAGCUCGCUUUGCAAAAUCAAAGGAAGAAGCAGAAGCUGCAAAAGCUGCAGCUCUUCAGGCUAGGCAGGCUGAAAUAGAGGCCAGAAAAGAAGCAUCUCAAAAGGAGCGAAGUGCAAUAGCCAGGAUUCAGUUCCGCCUUCCGGAUGGAUCUUCCUUUACUAACCAGUUCCCAUCUGAAGCACGGCUAGAAGAAGCAAGGCAGUUUGCUGCACAGACGGUUGGUAAUGCUUAUGGCAGUUUUUCACUGGCAACGAUGUUUCCCAGAAGGGAGUUUACCAAAGAAGAUUAUGGAAAGACGUUACUGGAACUAGAGUUAGCACCCAGUGCUUCAGUUGUGUUGCUGCCGGCGGGAAGACCUGCUACUUCUGUGGUUCAGGCAUCAGGCGGUGAUCUCUGGAAGUUCUUGGGCACAAUACUUUAUCCCCUCUUAGCGGUUUGGAGAUUUAUUAGCAACUUCCUGUUUACAAGUCCACCCCCUUCACAGUCUGCUGUGAGGUCAGCUCAUCAGCCAGACCAUCCCAAUCCUUCAGCAUCCAGCAGCAUUGAGCAAAGCAGGCAAGCAGUCAGGAAACAAGUAUUGGAAAAGCGGGGGGAAGACUUCAAAAAAGAAGGAAAAAUAUAUAGACUGAGGACUCAAGACGAUGGAGAAGAUGAAAACAAUACUUGGAAUGGAAAUUCUACACAACAAAUGUAGUUUUGAGCAAUUGCGGUAAUCACUGUCUGGUUUGGGGUUUUUUUCCCUCUCUCCCCUUAUUUGAUCUAAGUCAACUAAAGCUUCGGGUCAAGUGGGGCUAAUUUUACCCUGACUGAGUUACUUCAUUCUUAUUCCUGCAGUGGAGUAUGGAAUAAAGUCACCUAAGUCAGAAAAAUUGAGUGGGUGUAGGUGAGAAGCAAGGACUUGAAAAGAAUGAAAAUCUCCAUCAGCUUUCAUAAUCAUUAUCUUACUGCCAUAGAAAGGCACUUUUUAAUCUAUAAAUACUCUGCUACAUAAAUUUAAGGGCCAGAUAUUAAUGUAAAGGUCAUGGUAGGCAAUGACUGAUUAAAAUGAGGGUUUCAGAAGCACUAUAGGUAGUAAAUCAGAUAACUAAUUUAUGUAUAACUUUUUUCUUGCUUCUGCAACUGCAAGCAAAACCUUGUAGUUUUUAAUUCCCAAGCACUCAAUAAACUAUUUUCCAGAAAACA